UGUGGAAUAGUGUUUCUGUCUGUAAAGUGCCAGUUCCUGUAGACGACAUUGUGAAUUAUUGUUGAUGAGAAUGGCACGUCACCCAAACCAUCAAGAGAUGCCAUCGGAAACCGAAUCGGGGUCAAAAGAGCCGCCUCCCGACAUUUGAGGCUAAGUCACGUGCGAACAGGGAUCUCUCGCUUACUUAUACACCUCAGGCAACUACGCCCACUGAACUUUUGCGAAUUUGAGGUCGAAAUUGAAUCUAAUAUUUGACCGUGACAACAUCGACUACCGACACCUCGACAAACCCACCUACGACAAACCAUCAUCAUGUCGUCCGGAAAAGUCAAGACUGGCCAACUUUGGUCGAAGAACAAGGCGGAUCUUGCGAAGCAACUGGGCGAGCUGAAGACCGAGCUGGGACAACUCCGUACACAAAAGAUUGCUGGAGGAUCUGCUUCAAAGCUGACCAAGAUCCACGAUCUCCGAAAGUCAAUCGCCAAGGUCCUCACCGUCAUCAACGCCAAUCAACGCUCGCAACUCCGCCUCUUCUACAAGGAAAAGAAAUACCUGCCCCUCGACCUCCGACCCAAGCAAACACGCGCCAUCCGAAGACGCCUCAGCAAGGAUGAGAGCAGCCGGGCACUGGAGAAGACCAAGAAGCGCGCCACCCACUUCCCGCAACGAAAGUAUGCUGUGAAGGCUUAGAGGAGGUUUCGCGGCGGCGGGUUGAUGUGCAUUCUGGCUUUUCUUUUGCGGGGAAUGGGCGCGGCUUGAUUUGAUGCAAGGCAAGGCAAGAAGCAAAUGGGUCUGGUGUAUCAUCGAAAAACGAUUGCGUAAAUCGACAUAGCAUGGUUGGUUGGUAUGGGAAGCCAGCCCAAAUAAAGUCACGACAUUCGAGCA